UUUGUUUGGUUCAUAAAGAACAAAAGAUAUUGUUAAAUUCUUGUGAAAACUAUGGACCUUGUGUACUAUUGCAUUACAGUGUCAGUCCAGUAAAGACACUAUCUAUAAGGCAAUCAGUUAUAUCUUCAAAAUAACAUGGAUCUUCAUUUUGAAUCAAAAAUAAACAAACAAAUGGAAAUCUCACACUUCUAUUGUCUAAAACAAACAAACAAAUGAAAAUGUCAAGAACAUCUUAAAAGUUUCUAUACCCAAUCUACAUAUGUCGUUUUCUUUCUUCUCCACUAAUUAUUUUUCCCUGACCUAGCACAUCAACGUGAUCAUGCACUUAUUCCACAAUAGAAGCGCACAAGAAGACAAUGGUACAUAUCCCCACUUUACUUCACCACUUUAAAAUGGUUCAACCUCGUCAAUAAUAUCACCAAGUCCAAUUCCUCAACUUUGCUAAACUUACAAGAGCUUCUCUCCAAAAAUGGAUGGUAAGAAAACACAAGGACAAGGGUAUCUGAAAAAGAAGGCUAGUGUGUCUUACCUUGUGGAAGAAGAAUUGGAGAAUGAUACAGAUGGAGAGGAGGAAGAGAAGAGGAAAGGUGUGACCGAUAGGUUUAAAGGAUCUAGCGGCAGCAAUGAUCGUGGCUCAUCACGGCUUUGCCAAGUAGAUAGAUGCACAGCUGAUCUGAAAGAAGCUAAACAGUAUCACCGGAGGCACAAAGUGUGUGAAGUUCAUGCAAAGGCAUCUUCUGUCUAUCUCACAGGCGUUAAACAACGGUUCUGUCAACAAUGCAGCAGGUUCCAUGAGCUCCUAGAGUUUGAUGAAGCUAAAAAAAGUUGCCGGAAGCGCUUAGCUGGACACAACGAGAGGCGGAGGAAGAGCUCCGGUGAAAGUAUUGGAGAAGGGUCAGGUGGUCGAAGAGGAAUAACAGCUCAGAUGAUCCAGAAUCAAGAAAGAUCAAGGAUUCGAGUAAGGAGUGUGACUUAUCCAAAAGCACAGGAGCCACCACCACGGUUACUGAAGUUUCAGAGCCACGAAUGAGAUAUCCAUCUUAGGUUUUUCUUGGCUUGAUGCUAAGAAGUUGUAAACGUUUGUCUCUUAUUGAUGAACAUACAAUCGAGUAUUUAUACAUACGA